CCCGAGCGAGCGGCGAUGACUCCCAGCUACUCCAGGUUUCUGUGGCUCCUCAAGCUGUCAGUCACCAUCCUGGGACUCGUUAUCGUUCUGUUGAUGUUCGUAAGUGUGUCCCUUCAGGCCAACUUCAACAUGUUCAAGCCAGAGAUCCCGAAGCCUGCGUGGGACCCAGUGCUGAGACUUCUACCAGAGGCACAGCUGAGGGAGCUCUUUACCUACAGUGGCAUCUGGCUCUUCCCUAAGAAUCAGUGCGACUGUGACUCCGGCCACCUGCAAAGAAAAUAUAAUUUUCAGGAUGCCUAUAACCAGAAUGACCUCCCAGCCGUGAAUGCCAGGAGACAGGCGGAAUUUGAACACUUUCAGAGGAGAGAAGGGCUGCCCCGCCCACCACCUCUGCUGGCUCCGCCCAACCUCCCCUUCGGGUACCCGGUACACGGCGUGGAGGUGAUGCCGCUGCACACAGUCCUCAUCCCAGGCCUCCGGUAUGAAGGGCCAGAUGCCCCAGUCUAUGAGGUCACCCUGAGAGCGUCUCUGGGGACACUGAACACCCUUGCUGACGUCCCAGAAAACGUGGCACAGGGCAGAGGCCAGAAGCAGCUGACCAUCUCCACCAGCGACCGGAGGGUCCUGAAUUUUGUCCUUGAGCACGUGACGUACACCAGCGCAGUGUACCAUCUCCGCAAGGUGGACGUGGUGAGUUUGGAGUCCAAGUCCUCAGUGGUCAAGUUUCCAGUCACCAUCAACCAGCCAGUUGUACCCAAGUUGUAUGACCCUGGACCUGAGAGGAAGCUCAGAAACCUGGUGACCAUUGCCACCAAGACUUUCCUCCGUCCUCACAAGUUUAAGAUCCUGCUUCAGAGCAUUCGAAAAUAUUACCCAGACUUAACCGUGAUUGUGGCCGAUGACAGCAAGCAGCCCCUGGAAAUUAAAGAUGACUAUUUGGAAUAUUACCCCAUGCCCUUUGGAAAGGGCUGGUUUGCUGGUAGGAACCUGGCCAUCUCACAGGUGACCACCAAAUAUGUCCUCUGGGUAGACGAUGACUUUCUCUUCAACAACAACACCAAGAUUGAGGUGCUGGUGGAUGUCCUGGAGAAAACUGAACUGGAUGUGGUGGGCGGCAGCGUGCAGGGGAACACUUUCCAGUUCAGGCUGUUGUUGGAACAGAGUGAGAAUGGAGACUGCCUUCACCAGAGGUGGGGAGGGUUCCGGGCCCUGGACGGCUUCCCGGGAUGCACGGUGACCAGCGGUGUUGCGAACUUCUUCUUGGCUCACACAGAACAACUCCGAAGAGUUGGUUUUGAUCCCAUCCUGCAAAGAGUGGCUCACUCAGAGUUCUUUAUUGACGGGCUGGGGAGUCUGUUGGUGGGCUCAUGCAAGGACGUGACUGUAGAGCACCAAACACGGACGCCAGCAAAAGAUCCAGCGCUGGCUGCCUUGGAGAAGUCUUACAGCACUUACCGAACCAACAGCAAUUCUCAGGUCCAAUUCAAGCUUGCGCUCCACUACUUCAAGAACCGUCUCCUGUGCUCCACUUGAAGGUGCAAGGACAGGAAGUCCAAAUAAACACACUGGCUGCUGGC